AUGGCCAAGGGUGACGUUAACCAGGCCGACAAGUCGGUCAUGGGUAUGCCCGGCUUCGUCGUCGACUUCCUGAUGGGUGGUGUUUCCGCUGCCGUCUCCAAGACUGCUGCUGCCCCCAUCGAGCGUAUCAAGCUCCUCAUCCAGAACCAGGAUGAGAUGCUUCGCGCCGGUCGUCUCGACCGCAAGUACAACGGUAUCACCGACUGCUUCAAGCGUACCGCCGCCUCCGAGGGUGUCGUCUCCCUGUGGAGAGGUAACACUGCCAACGUCAUCCGUUACUUCCCUACCCAGGCUCUCAACUUCGCCUUCCGUGACACCUACAAGUCCAUGUUCUCCUACAAGAAGGAGCGUGAUGGAUACGGCAAGUGGAUGAUGGGUAACCUUGCCUCCGGUGGUGCUGCUGGUGCCACUUCCCUCGCUUUCGUCUACUCUCUCGACUACGCCCGUACCCGUCUUGCCAACGACGCCAAGUCCGCCAAGGGCGGUGGUGACCGUCAGUUCAACGGUCUCGUUGAUGUCUACAAGAAGACCCUCGCCUCCGACGGUAUUGCCGGUCUCUACCGUGGUUUCGGUCCCUCUGUUCUUGGAAUCGUCGUCUACCGAGGUCUGUACUUCGGUAUGUACGACUCGGUCAAGCCCGUCCUCCUUACCGGAUCCCUCGAGGGCAACUUCCUGGCUUCCUUCCUGCUCGGCUGGACUGUCACCACCGGUGCCGGUAUCGCCUCGUACCCUCUUGACACCGUCCGUCGUCGUAUGAUGAUGACCUCCGGUGAGGCCGUUAAGUACAACUCUUCCUUCGACGCUUUCCGCCAGAUCGUCGCCAAGGAGGGUAUGGGUUCCCUCUUCAAGGGUGCCGGUGCUAACAUCCUCCGUGGUGUCGCCGGUGCCGGUGUCCUGUCUAUCUACGACCAGGCCCAGCUCCUCCUCUUCGGAAAGAAGUUCAAAUAA